AUGUUUAGUGUUCUCUGUCUUACUUUACUGAGGGAUCCUAUUUGCCUUUUAUUCGCCGAUUCGCUUGCCACAGUAAGCAGUGAUCACCUUCAGAAGUCUCUCCCACACACUCCAUUGGAACAACAGCACCAAGCAACGGGAAAUCUGCAACAGGGCUUUUGUGUACCCAGUGAUUUCGUCCAAUUUUUCUUAAAUGUGGCGACGGGCUCGCACAGACAGGCUUUGCAGGCAUACUCAAUCAUCAAUGUGUCUUAUGAAAAAUGUAUUUCAUGUCUGAACAAGAAUGAGGGAGGUCUCUAUGGCUUUAAAGGAGAGAAAGUGAACCAAAGGUCACUUUUAUCCUGCUCAGAAGCCAAGUUGCCCGAGGACGCUGCUAAGGUCAGUCAUGAGCUUAUAUAUCACAGCAGUUCAGUAUCACUCGUAUCAAUUGCUCGCUAUUUUACAGCUUGGCAUUCCCAUUGCCUCAAGUCAUUAUCAGUGCAAAUGAAAGUUACAGCUAAAGAGUCUUGGUUGUUGAUUUCUCCUUCAGAUUUCAUAUUGCACAAAGCCAUAUCUGACCGCUUAUUGCUUUUGUGUUCAUACUUUCAUUUUCUAUAUUUUUAA